GUGGCUUUAAGAGCGCUUCGGUAGCUCCAGAUCCAGCCGGGCUGUCCUUCGCGGCUGCGCACCCACGCGGAGCAGAGCCCGGCGCUGGCCGGACGGGCCUGGCUGCUGCCAGGCUGCUGAGAACCAGCCCUAGACCUCUGCUUGAGGGUACUUCCUCUGAAGACAUCACCAGUGUGUGGAGCCUGCCCCACACCCACUCCCUGCUAAACCACGGCCUUUACCUGUGUCUUUCGGUGUUUCCCGUGCGACCCAACCUGUGGGAGUGCCUCGUGGGCUGCCCCGGAGUUCACCCCACACUCAACGGCACCAAUGGUGAAGAUGACAAGAUCUAAGACUUUCCAGGCAUAUUUGCCCUCCUGUCACCGGACCUACAGCUGCAUUCACUGCAGAGCUCACUUGGCCAAUCAUGAUGAACUCAUUUCCAAGUCGUUCCAAGGAAGUCAAGGACGAGCAUACCUCUUUAACUCAGUAGUUAACGUGGGCUGUGGGCCUGCAGAAGAACGAGUUUUGCUAACGGGACUGCACGCAGUUGCAGACAUUUACUGUGAAAACUGCAAAACUACUUUGGGCUGGAAAUAUGAACAUGCUUUUGAGAGCAGCCAGAAAUAUAAAGAAGGCAAGUACAUCAUUGAACUAGCUCACAUGAUCAAGGACAAUGGCUGGGACUGAUCCCACAGCAUCCGUACAACCCAGUGGCAUGUGAACGCCAUCCAACUGAACAUCCUACCCAAGCGUGAGAGAGUGACUGAACACUUGGUUCCAUCCAUUUAGAGGCCCUGCCAUCUGGGACAUCCUCCCACCCUGACACCAUCUUUCUGGUGACCGGCCUCUGAAUCGCUGUCUCUCUGUCUCUUUGCUUUGUAUCUGUUUGUGAGUUGAUCCUGGCUUCUCUCUUUGUGUUGGCUGAAAACAAAACAACGAAAGGAACCGCAUGGCGGCAGCCCACCUUGGAAAGGGCCCCAGGGCCCAUGCAAGAGCUGCCUUCUGGCCUCUUGUCAAGAGAGCAGUGGCAUGUGGGGGUGAAGAAGAGGGAAAAGGGUGAACUAUGAGGGUCCUGGGGUGGGCAGGUGCAGGUGGGUAGAGGUAGGAACAAAAUUGCACUGCUCCUAGAGACCUAGUAACUUAGGCUUGAAAAAAUCAACUUGUCUAAAAGGUCAAAGAGAAAAAAAAAAUACCUCAUGACUGAAUUCUCUUCUGUUCCUGACCCCAAAUGUGCCAGGAGAGCAGAUGAACACAAAAAGGGGCCCCAGUUCUAGCUGACAGGGCGAGGGCCUCAGUCUCAGGCUGAGUUGGGGACUGUUUUGCUCAGCAGUGGGUGGGGUGGGUAAAGCCCAAUGGGUUUUGAUGUCUGAUGCCUCAUUCAGCCUCUGGGCAAUCUUUUCUUUGCCUCUUAGCCAGUAGGUGAGGGGAGAGGGAACUGUGGUUUGUAAUGAACGCAAGAUGCAACUACCCCCAAAAGCUUUGGCUAGCAACCACAUAAAAUCGGUAAUUGAGGAGAGCAAGAUGGGCUGCAGUUUGAGGGCUCCUGAAAAAAUGGCACAUAUUAAGCCAGAAAAAUAAAAAGUAGGACCAGUUAGCAAUUCUCUGAGUGAUGUGGUGGGGGGAGGAGCAGGGAGGAACAGUGUGAGGAAUGUUCAGAUCUGAAGCAAAGCAGGUCAGGUUCAUCUUUCCUCUUUGGGUAUGCGAUGGUUUCAGUGGAAUCAGAAAUUCUUCGUUCUUAGUGUUUUGGGUGUUUUUCUACAGUUCCAUCACUAUAGACAAAAAAACAAAGACCCAAGACUUUGAACCUAGUGAUUACCUGGCUGGCAGAUUCCUCAUGCCUGUAGUUGCUCUUGGACCUGAAUGUCUUAUGUGAAGAGAAAUCUGUCAGUGGUGGGGAAGGGUUAUAAAUUCCAGUAUUACCCCAGGCCCUGUCCCCACCCCCCAUCUAAGCCUCACUGGGUUAGGGAAGUGGAGAGCAGAGAUCCCUUAACGCUCAGGAGAGAAAGAGGAGUUUGUUAUAUUUAAUCAACACUGUGAAGUCUGUUCUACAAGAAUUCAGCCACAACUUACCCAAACUCAUUGAACUGAGUUGAUUUCAUUUCUUAGGCUGAAAAUAUUAUUGUUAAGAUAUGUAAAUAUUAGGUAAUUCUCAGCAUUGCAUUCUCCAAGUAGGCUGAUGCUAGAGAAAAAUUCACCUUUCAAAAAUCUCACAAAACAGUGAGCUCACAGAGCCAAGAAUCUGUAAAAUUGAUUAACCAAGAUUAAAGCCGCCAACCCAGGACAUUUUCAAAAUUGCAUCUGCAGCAGAACCAAAUUCCCACAGGGAGUGAGUCCAUGGUGAAAGUGUCUUUUUGUAUCUCCAUGUGCAGAAUGAGAGAUUUGAGACCAGCAUGGUCCUGCCCUGCCAGUGGCAGAUGGCAGAGUGAUAGAAAACAGGGUAGUGCCACUUUCAGCACAAAAGACUGCCUCUCUUCAGUAACACAAAAGAUUCCUAGGAAUUGAAUUUCAUUCCCAAAGCUUCUUGCGCAGGCCUUUGCAGUGUGUUAGUAACUCCGAAGAUGAACUUGUCCUUCCCAUUUCAUUGCAAAGCAGACGGAGGUUCAGAAGCCUUUAGUUUUUGCUCCCAGAAAAACCGUCCUCUGGCUCCCAGACCCAGGUUCUCAGUAAAACACUUUUGACUUUCACAUUCCUAAGCUGGCUUGCCAGCAAAGAAAUAAUGGAUCCCUUCUACUCUUAUGAAGGAAGUGGCCUUCAUCUAUGGAUUUGAUUAGACUCUGCUCAGGGAAUGUCCUGGCUAUUAAGAAGAAUCCUUUUUAUAAAAACAGAAAAUGGAGGUUAAACCUAGGUAGGUGUUUUGGCUUUAAAACUGAAGUUGGAAUGUGGUGACAUAGAAAUUGGACAUGAGGUGCCCUAGAAUUGGCCAGGGCAGAGAAGGAGACCAAUGUGCCACUGUUCUUCCUUGGGGAUAUGGACUGUUGCAUGGGUCAGAGCAGGCUCCAGUCAGACCCUGGUUGUGUUUCGUUUUGUUUUUCUAAUUACUAUCCAUGGAACAUCCGGUGGGUGCUUAGCACCAGACUUGGCACUAGAGAUCUGAGUAGAGUAUUGGUUUUUCCAUAACUACAGGGGAAAAAACAAAACUCAUUUGGCUUCCCUUUGUAUCAGUGAAACCAAAAGUGCUUCUUAAAAUGUUAGCUCAACUCGUGGCCUGUCUGUCUCACGUUUAGCAGUAUUGCAGAGGCCACAGCUGAGCAAUGGAGACACAUCAACUCAUGGUUUCAGUUAUUCUUUAAUUUCCUCACAAAAUUAUUGACUCAGAGCAUAACCAAAGACCUCAUCCAUUCACCCUCACAGAUUCAGGGAAUUGGAGUUUGUUAUUUAAAC